AUGUUGAGGUGUGAUGAUUAUGGUAGAGGAAGAAAAACUAGCCUAAGAAAGGGGAGAGAGCAAUGUGAGUGAAGAAAUACUAUAUUGUAUUUAUUAUUUGUGAUACAAUUUUGAAUAUUUUUUUUUUUGUUUUUUUGAUAAAGUCCAACAUUGCGCAGAAAAAGAAAAAGAAAAAGAAACCGAACCAAAAAAAUUAUGGAGAGCCUUGUAGAGAACGUGGUACAAAUUGCCCUUACAUGGUCUUCACCAUUAAAUAAAAAAAAAUUAGCAACUUUAUGUAAUUAUUGGACCGUCAAUUGAAAGUAAAUGCAUUAUCAAUGUAAAAAAAACAAACAGAAUAAAGAAUCCUGAUUCCCCAACCAAGACAUACCUCCGUGUUUCCACGCAUACGUUAUACCUUUUCCAUCUACCACACACCUAGAGAGAGUAUUCUAGAGAGAGAAUUUGAGAGAGAGAGAGAGAGGCGGAGGGAGAGCAUGCUGUGUGCAAGUGCUCCUCCAACGUCGAAAGCAGAGUUACGGAGAUUUCUUUAUACUUAGUCUCUCUGUCUAUAUAUAUAUAUAUAUAUAUCCAUUGCUCAAUUCAAAAUUCUGAAGAAGCUUUCCUGUGUUGGAGUUUCAUUAAAUAGAAGGAAUUACAUUCCAGGUAUCAGGUUCCUUUGAGAUUUCGCGGCACUGAGACGGAGAAAUUCUUGAAAUCGCACAGAUAUGCUGACCAAGAUGUGAGAUUAUAUGUCACGGCUACUAAAAUGUGAUUGAGGUGCUCUGGUAGCUGCAAUCUUGAGGAGCUCUUUCACAAUUUCCUCAGCCAAGAGAGGUGAAGCAAAGAAUCUGCGCCGCUUGGAGAACUCGCUGUUUUAAUCAAUUGAUGGCUAGAGAUUAUUGGCCUUACUUUGAUCCAGACUAUGAGAAUUUAAGCAUAAGAAUCAAUCCACCAAGGGUAUCUGUGGACAACACUAGUUGCAGUGACUGCACUCUGAUCAAGGUUGACAGUGUGAACAAACCAGGAAUACUGCUGGAAGUGGUGCAAAUCCUAUCAGAUCUUGACCUUGUCAUCACAAAAGCUUACAUCUCCUCUGAUGGCGGAUGGUUCAUGGAUGUAUUUCAUGUCACUGAUCAACAAGGGAAUAAAAUUACAGAUAGCAAAAUCAUUGAUUACAUAGAGAAGGCUCUGGGACCUAAGGGCCACACUACAGAAGUGGUGAAGACUUGGCCUGGAAAGAGGGUAGGAGUUCACACCAUGGGUGAUCAUGCAACCAUUGAGCUCAUAGGCAGGGACCGCCCGGGUCUCUUAUCUGAGAUCUCUGCUGUCCUUGCCAACCUCCACUUUAAUGUAGUUGCUGCUGAACUUUGGACACACAACAGGCGUAUAGCAUGUGUUGUUUAUGUCAAUGACGAUACCACAUGUCGUGCAGUAGAUGACCCAACCCGAUUAUCUACUAUGGAAGAGCAGCUCAAGAACAUUCUGCGUGGGUGUGAGGAUGAUGAGAAAGUGGCUCGCACUAGUUUUUCCAUGGGAUUCACCCAUGUUGAUCGGAGACUCCACCAGAUGUUGUUUGCUGAUAGGGAUUACGAAGGUGGAGGGUUGGCAACUGAGGCAGAUUAUCCUCCCUCAUUCAGACCAAAAAUCUCGAUUGAUCGUUGGGAGGAAAAAGGGUACUCAGUAGUAAGUGUCAGGUGCAAAGAUCGGUCUAAACUUAUGUUUGACAUUGUGUGCACACUUACAGACAUGCAGUACGUUGUAUUUCAUGCCAGCAUCUCUUCCGAUGGCCCAUACGCAUCCCAGGAAUAUUACAUCCGCCAUAUGGAUGGUUGCAUGCUAGAUACAGAAGGAGAGAAGGAAAGGGUUGUCAAGUGUCUUGAAGCUGCUAUUCAGCGAAGAGGUCUGAGCCUAGAGGUCUGUGCAAAGGACCGAGUAGGCCUGCUGUCCGAAGCAACAAGAGUCCUUCGGGAGAAUGGGCUGUCUGUUACAAGAGCGGGUGUCUCGACAGUUGGGGAAAAAGGAGUGAGUGUCUUCUACGUGAAGGAUGCUUCUGGAAAUCCAGUUGACAUGAAGACCAUUGAAGGACUUCGCAAAGAGAUCGGACACACUAUGAUGCUUAACGUGAAGAAAGUCCCGGCAAGUGAUAAAGCACAAGAGGAGGGUGGUGGAUGGGCCAAGACUAGCUUCUUCUUUGGAAGCUUAGUUGAAAGGUUCUUGGCUUAAUAAUAUCAAGUGUCCAUUUCAAAUGUAACAUAUUGUAAAGUAUAAUAAAUGUGUGCCCAGCAUAAUAUUUGGACAGGGCUUGUUGCUGUUUGGCCUGUUUUUUACCUUGAAUUGUAAGUUAUGAAUAUUUCAGUUGUUUCUUGACUAGAAUGACUCUCUCUAUAUAUAUAUUUAUAUAUA